AUGAUAUCAUUAAGAUAUAGUUUAUUAUUUACGAUUGUUGCGACCAUACAUUUGGUUGUAGCUCAAAUACCUUCGAACAUUCCAGUGUAUUCUACAAAGUUGGAAUCACCUACAUCCAACCAAUUUGUUGUUUACCCUGGAAAUGAUUCUACUGCAAUGGCUCAAGCUGCAUAUACAAAUCAGAUGAUGGAGAUAGGCUGGGGUUACAUAUCGAUCACCACCAACCCUGAUUUCACCGAUUUUCAACAGGCAAUGGCUGCAGGUUUCAUCGAAGGUUAUCUCUCUGCCGAUAUGAUUUGGCAGACAUGGUACAAUAUCUAUGUUAACGAGUAUAACAAUCAAUCGGUUCCAAGUUCGAUUAUUGAUUGGUCAGAUGAAAACUUGGCAUACAUUUACAAACAGGUCGAAGCUAAUACCAAUGAUCCAUUCUGGAUUCAUAUCAGUCUUAUUGUUACUCAGAUGUCAUCAAUGGUAGAUGGAUACAACAGCGCCAACACCGAUCCAUCUAAAGAACUCACAAUGUUGGAAUUCUACUUGAUGAACAGUGAUGGAGAUAUGGGUGAUAUCAGUUAUGCACUCAACCUUACAACCGAACAAUAUAGAAAAUCAUUAAUUGCUGCCGAUGGACUACCAAAAGAAAUUUCAAAGAAAGAUUGGGUCAAGAGAUUCGAACAUUGUUCUUCUUUAAUUAAACUUACAGAUGAUCUCUCUGAAUUGUAUUCUGAGGUUGACUUACUAAUUAAGAUCUCUUUAGCUCAUACAUCAUGGAGUAGUUAUUAUGUAAUGGUUAGAAUGUUUAAAUCAUACAAUUUGAAAUACUCUGCAUUCGCUAGUUCACAUUUGGUUAUGUUCUCUGGUUACCCUGCAACACUUGCAUCUUGUGAUGAUUUCUAUUUGUUAGACACCAGAUUAGUAGUAACUGAAACUACCAAUGGAUUAUUAAACAAUAAUUUGUAUAACCUUAUCAACCCUCAAUCGGUUUUAACAUGGAUGCGUGCAAUUGUUGCUAAUCGUUUGGCUCACAACGGUCCUUCAUGGUGUGAGGCUUUUUCAAACGAAAACAGUGGUACUUAUAACAAUCAAUGGAUGAUUACAGACUAUAAUAAAUUUGUAAAAGGUGUUAGAGUACGUGACGGUACACUUUACGUUUUGGAACAGAUUCCAGGUUAUAUUGAAUACGCAGAUGUCACCAAUAUUCUAAGAACUGGUUAUUGGCCAUCCUAUAAUGUUCCAUAUUUCGAAAACAUUUUCAAUAUGUCUGGUUUCAAUGAUACAGGAUCAAGUGACUAUGAGGCAUACGAAGAGGAUCCACGUUCCCAAAUAUUUAGACGAGAUGCCAACAAAGUAUAUUCAAUGUCUGAUUUCCAAGCAAUCAUGAGAUACAAUAAUUUCCAACACGAUCCACUUUCCCAAGGAGAUGCUGCCAAUCAGAUCUCUAGCAGAUUCGAUCUUAAUCUACCAACUGCUCAAGAUUAUGAUGCCUUUGGUGGAAUCGAUAGUAAAGUAACCUCCUAUCACAUUAGCACAAUCUGGUCCGACUCGACUCACGAUCAACAACCACCCUUCCAAUGGUCUGCAGCUAAUUGGACAGCUGAGUACCCAACAAUCGGAAUGCCAAACACAUGGAACUUCACUUGGGUAACAUUCGAAGAUACUACUUUUUCAGUUAGUCAAUAA